AGUUUCCUAAACAAAGAUGACGAAAGGCACGAGUUCCUUUGGCAAGCGCCAUAACAAGACCCACACUCUGUGCAGACGUUGCGGUCGCCGAUCUCUCCACAUCCAAAAGCACACCUGCUCAUCCUGCGGUUACCCAGCAGCCAAGAUUAGGCAAUACAACUGGGGUGAGAAGGCUAAGAGAAGAAAGACUACCGGUACCGGACGCAUGCGCCACAUGAAGGGUGUUCCUCGCAAAUUCAAGAAUGGCUUCCAAACUGGUGCACCAAAAGAUUCGAGGGGACCAUCCGCCAAGGCCGAGUAAAUGGGUCAUUAAGGGAGUUGCAUGAUUUGGGAUUGGUUGCGGACGGAUCGAUUGCUAUGAUGUCUCGAGGACUAUGGUCAUGAGGGCUACGGUCAUGCUAGCAAAUACCAUCGAAAUUUGCACCACGAAUUGCUGAACUACCAGGAGAUUGUGACGUGAAAUCAAGGGUCAACGGAAGAAUACGAUUGUGCAAUGGGAACUGGGCUACAUUGGGGAGAGCGAAGUCUGUAUUGAUGGUACUUUCGGUUGCAAUUCAAGUCAUAUUGAAGAUCACUCUUGCUACUUCGACUCCUUCCGUUCCAGCAUCAUUGUCCUCUCUCGAAUACC